UUUGCUUAAGAUCCAUGCAUUGAAGGUGUAAAGAAAAUAUUUACCAAUAUAUACCUUCUGUUAUGCCUCAGACACCAAACAUGCUCUUAAAUUUGCAAUAAAGUUCAAAGAUUUCUCAUCUGUAAACUUUCUCAAUGGCUGAAAAAUGCACCUCAAACAGCUCAAUAGCUAUAGUCAUGGUGCCACUUCCAGCACAAGGCCAUCUCAAUCAACUCCUCCAUCUCUCUGGACUUGUUUCCUCGUACAAUAUCCCGGUCAAUUAUGUUGGAACCACUGCACACAUUCAACAAGCGAAAACUCGGGUUCAUGGUCUUGAUCCUCACACCAUAACAAACAUCCACUUCCAUGAAUUUCAAACACCUUCUUUUGAAACUCCUUCACCAAAUCCUAAUUCUUUUCACAAAUUUCCGAACCAUCUAAUGCCUUCUUUCUACGCUACAUUCCACCUCCGCGGCCCUGUUUGCUCACUAGUAUGCGAUCUAAGCGUGAAUCAUAACAAAGUUGUUGUCAUUUAUGAUGAUUUGAUGAAAUGGGUAGUUCAAGAUUUGCCUGAAAUGCCAAACACAGAGUGCUACUCUUUCAAUAGUACAUCUGCUUUCAUGACAUAUUCAUAUUUGUGGGAACUCAAAGGAAAGCCUUUUCAUCCGGGAACUGAACUUUAUGAGGAUAUUCCAUCAAUUGAAGAUUGCUUUCCUCCAGAGUUUUGGGAAUUUUUGAGGAUACAAGAACAAUUUGAUGGGAAGCUCAAUUGUGGUGAACUUUACAAUUCAUCAAGAGUAAUAGAAGGUUUGUACCUUGACUUAAUGGCUAAAGAAUAUGAUCAUGGAUUGAAGCAAUGGGCUAUAGGUCCACUCAAUCCUACGGAGGCAAAAGAGAAAAGCAAAGGCUCAAACAAGCGCCACGAGUCCCUGGAUUGGCUUGACAAACAACAACGCGACUCAGUUAUUUUUGUGUCAUUUGGCACGACUACUACGUUGUGCGAUGAAGAAAUCAAAGAGCUCGCGAUCGGUCUUGAGAAAAGCCACCAAAAAUUCAUUUGGGUACACAGAGAUGCUGACAGAGGAGAUGUUUUUGCAAGUGAUGUUAGAAAAGUACAAUUGCCUGAAGGAUAUGAAGAGAGAAUAAAAGAAACAGGGAUUAUAGUAAGAGAUUGGGCACCACAAUUGGAAAUAUUAGCACAUUGUUCAACGGGAGGUUUUAUGAGUCAUUGUGGAUGGAAUUCAUGCAUGGAGAGUAUGUCCUUUGGAGUUCCUAUAGCAGCUUGGCCAAUGCAUUCAGAUCAGCCAAGGAAUUCUCAACUUGUAACAAAAUAUCUGAAAAUUGGACUAUCUGUUAGGCCAUGGGCGCGCCAAGAUGAACAUGUCACAUCACAAAUGGUUGAGAAUGCUGUGAAAACUUUGAUGGCUUCAACAGAAGGAGAUGAGAUGAGGAAAAGAGCAGCAGAUUUGAGCAAUGCUAUUAAGAAAUCAGUGAUUGAUGGGGUCGUAAACCGCGCAGAGAUGGAUUCUUUCAUCGCCCACAUUACUCGUGAAAAUUAAUACAUUAGAUUAUAAAAAAUAAAAAAUUGUAUUGACAAUGGGCAUCAAAAUUUGAUAGUAAAUUGUAUUAUGUUUGAACCUUCCCUUAUAGGAGACUUUGUUGAUACUUCGUUGCAUGAAAAAGAUAGUAUUUCAUUUGU